AUGUUAACACAACCAGACUUUUGGAAAUUAGAAGAAGAAGAUUCAUUAUUAUUACAUAACGAUGGAUAUUUAAAAAACAGUAUUAAACAAAACGCUGAACUUAUUGAAAAAGCAAAUGAAUGGUAUGAAAUUGUUAUGUCACAUGCAGAAGAACCAAUUCCUGAUUAUGUUAUAGAAGAUAUUGAGAAUGUUCCUGAAGGUAUAUCAAGAAUUAUUUAUUUAGAUGUUUUUAGAACAUUAAAGUCCCCAGUUUAUCAAAACCCUUUAAUUAAAUUAUUAACAAAAUGUUGGAAAGAUUUUGGAGAUUAUGCUCAACCAAUGUGUUUAGUUGCUGCUUUCCUUAGAUUAACAUUAAGUGAAAAUAAAGUUUAUAAAAUGCUUCAUGUUAUUAAUAAAAGUGAAUUUUAUAUUCCUGGAUAUUGGAAAGCACAAGCUACUGGAUAUGCUUCUGAUGCAUAUACCGCAAUGGAAGUCUCUAAAACAAUUAAUCCAUCUGCUACACAAAAAAUUCUUCAAAUUCAACCAUUUCCAGAAACGUUUUGUCAAAAAUUUUUCACAGCAAUUGGUAUUCACGUUUUUCCUUUUUGUUUACAAUUUGAUGUAAUGGAUAAAUUUAUUAGAGGUGGAAGAAAGUUUCUUAUUCAAUUGAUUUGUAGUGUGAUUGAUGUACAGGGAGAUAUGCUUCUUAAUACUAAUGCUGUUAAUGUUAUAUUUGAAUUACUUCGAUUAGACAAAAAGUCAACACCAUUUGAAGUUAUCAAAAAAAUUGUUGAAGAAGCAGAACAUUAUACUCAAGUUAAUAACUUUGAUAUUGUUAAAAUGAGGCAGGAGAUGUAUGACUUACAUUUAAAGAAGAGAUUAGAACGACCACCAAUUGAAUCAGAUAGUGAUGAUGAGAUUAUAUUAUCUGAUGACAGUUCUGAAGAUGACAAUGAAUAAAAUUGAAUUUAUUUGUUU